AUGGAUUACGCAAACAUGGUGUCGGAGUCGAGCCUGAACGGUAAACUACAGUCCUCGCUGGAGCCAGUGUCCCGCACCUACCAGUACCGGAAGGUGAUGAAGCCGAUGCUGGAGCGGAAGCGCCGGGCGCGCAUCAACCGCUGCCUCGAUGAGCUGAAGGAGCUGAUGGUGUCGGCGCUGCAGUCCGAGGGCGAGAACGUGGCCAAGCUGGAGAAGGCCGACAUCCUCGAGCUGACCGUGCGCCACCUGCACAAGCUGCGCCGCCAGCAGCGUCUCGCCGCCAACCCCGUCAUCGAUGCCGACCGCUUCCGGGCCGGGUUCACCCAUGCCGCCAACGAGGUGUCCCGCUGUCUCGCCUCCACGCCCGGCGUCGACAUCAAGCUCGGAACCAAGCUGAUGACGCACCUCGGCCACCGGCUGAACGAUCUCGACAAAGUGUCCCCGCUGUCGGUGCACGUGGAGUCGCCCGGAUCGCCCACACCGGGCGGAGCCCCGACCACCGCCUCGCCCCCGAUCUCCCCCUUCUCGGCCGCCUCGUCCUCGGCCGGCGAUGUGCAGAUGUACCCGAUGCCGCUGACGCCCCAGUCGUACCGCAGCGAGGAGUCCUCCUCUCUGCUGCUCGCCCCCUCGACCACCCCGUCGCCGAACCCGAGCGAGUGCGACGCCGACCAUCACCACCAUCAGACCGGCGGUCUGCUGAAGAUCCAACAGUCCGGCGAGCCGGUCUGGCGGCCCUGGUAA